AUGCCUCUACAAAGGUUUUGUCUCCUCGGCAAUCCUGUCACGUCCGCAAUAGAAAUUGAGGUCGAGUCGAACACUGAUCUCGACGGACUCAAGCACUUGGUUGCUGCGCACUUCGCUAUCGUUGAGCCAAAUGGAAUUGCAUUCCAGUUUGACGAUGCCGACCUCGCCGAAGUCCAAGACAUUAUUUCUGCUCAGGGACCGGUGACGAUCACCAUUGAUGGGCACGCCGUCCGCGACCCUCCCGGCCCCAAAGGCUUGCCUAUCGUGGGCAACUUCUUCGAAAUUUACCCCGAUCACCUUGGCAACCACCAACGUCUUUUUGAGCAAUUCGGUCCAGUUAUUCAGACGAAUAACCUGGGUCGUGUGACCUACACCACCAAUGAUCCGAAUAUUGCAGCCAUUGCCUUCGCCGAGUCUGACUUCUUUACAAAAGAGAUCAAUGAAGCCCAUCCCCUUUAUCCCUUGAAGACCCCCUCUGCAGGAAUCUUCCUCGGCGAUACCGAUACUCCCGAAUGGAGAGUGGCUCACAAAUUCCUACCUCCGGCAUUGGGUCCUAAAGCAGUUCGCCACUAUGCACCUACUAUGCAAAAGACCGUUGAGGAUGCCUGCCUAGUUUUCGAUGAGCUAGAUAAGCAGGGUGAAGCCUGGAAUGUCUACCAAUAUAUGCUCAAGCUCGGUUCUCAAGCCGUCGGUAAACUCACCCUUGGCUUAGACUUCCAGCACUUCACUUCGCCUGACGCACCUGUCCACGAUAUGGUUCAUCUGAUUGCAGAGAUGCUAUCCUUGAAUAAGAAGGUUACUUCUAAGGGUAACUGGUAUAGCAGUCUCCCUUUCGGUGAUCCCAAGCGUUUGAAGGAUAUUAAAAGCCGUAUUGAGAGUAUGGUUGAGGAGUCUAUCGAGAACGCUGCCAGAGGUGGCGUAGAGGAUCUUCCUCUACAGGACGCAGCCUUGAAGGCAACGAACAUGGUUGACUAUGCUAUCCGUGCAACUGAUAACAAGGGAGAGAAGCUGCCAAAGGAAAGUCUCGUCUGGGCUCUUGUCGUUGCGACUGCCGCUGGCUUUACAACAACGAGCUCCCUGCUUUCCUGGCUGAUCUACGGGCUUGUCACCUACCCGGGUAUGCAAGAGAGGCUUCUCCAGGAGCUGAUUGAUAACGGCUUUGAUAAUGAGACCCAGAUCACUGCCGAUUUCACUGAACGUCUGGUUUUCCAAGAGAAGUAUAUCAAGGAGAUGCAACGCAGGCACAAUCCAUCUUUCCAACCCGGACGCACCGCGAAAACAGAUCUUAUCCUCCCUGGGGGCUACAAAAUCCCCAAGGACGCAGUCAUUAUUCCUGCUAUCCACCAUCUUCACAACAAUCCUGAUCACUGGGAUAACCCCUAUAGGUUCAAUCCCGACCGCUGGGAUACCCCGGAGGUUAAGAACAGACACAAGGGCUCUUAUGUACCAUUCGGUGCCGGUUCGCGGAUGUGUAUCGGCUUCAACUUCGCGCUUCAGGAAGUCAAAGUCUUCCUCCCGAAGCUGAUAUACAACUACAAAUUCACUCGAGAAGGUGACGGACCCAUUGAAUAUGAUCCCAUGUUCCAGCUUAUCCGCCCGAACAACUUGUAUGUUCGUGCUCAGAAGCGUGCCAAGUGGCCCCCCAAGUCUGAGGCUGCUGUUUGA